AUGGAAAUUGAAGCAAGGGCAGCACCAAUGGUGGCAAAGAAGCUCUUGAACAUUCUAAGAAUAGUUAUGGUCAUGUUAAGAAAAGGUAUAUCAAAGAGCAAACUCAUUUCCGAGUUCAAUCUCUUGCUCAAGCGCGGAAAGAUAGCAGCCAGCAACGCAAUCUCCACCACUCUCACUCUCCACCAUCACUACGCCGCCGCCUUCACUCGCCGCCGUUCCUCCUUCCGCAACAACAAAAACCUCUCCUUCUACCCUCGCGAAUACCAAUUCAGCUGCACUAGUAGCCCUGCCUUUAAUUACCACAGCCGUCGCCACCAUCGCUGCCACCACCACGAAGACGUUUCAACCCUAUGUAAGGUUCUUGAGAUGCUAAAAGAUAACAACAACAAUAGCAACUGUGAGAUGGUGAUGGAUUCGCCAUUGAUGCCAUUGCCAGGGUUUGGAAAAAGCCCUAAGCAGUUGAGGAUCACUGAUUCCCCUUUUCCUCUCAAAGACGAAGAAGAUUUUGAUGAUGACGAUGGUGGCAAAAUUGAUAUUAAAGCUGAAGAGUUUAUUAAAAGGUUUUAUAAGAAUCUUCACUCACAACACACAAAUUCUCCUUAUUAUUACUCUUGGGACCGAUAA